AUGGAAAAAAAAGCUGUGAUUGACACCCUCUGGACACCCUUGUUUAGGAAGGGAGCUGUCCAUUAGCUUUGGGGUGAGGGGAAGAGAAGCUCCUUUCAAAAAAAAAAAAAACCAAAAACCAAAACCCUCAGCAGAAUUUGAGAUUUUAGCUCUGGAUGCUAUUUGGUUUCGUUUAGAAAGAUGCUGACGGUUCAUGUUUUUUGUCCUUCCUUCCUUGAUGGAUUUAUUCUCUUCUUUGGGAACUGGGAUUCGGCCGCUGAAUAUUUUGCUGAUUCGAAUGGCUGUUUGGGAAUGAGAAGCCACGCGUGCCUCACGCUCAUGACUUGGCAGCCAGGAAAUGCAGUUUUCCUUAUGACUCUUUGAUAUGUAAAUACAUUGAAACUGAAUUGAAAAGAGGGAGUGUCUUUGGAAAUCCUUUGUUUCACUUAUAAGGACAUGUAUACCUCGGAGAGAUCUUCUCGGACAAGCUGCCUUAAUUUUAUAUCUAUCUGGAACUAUAUGAGAAGAGACAACCAGUCAUGAGUUCUGAUGUUGAACAGGAUGCUGCUGUCAAACUUGCUCAAGAACGUGCUGAGAUAGUUGCCAAGUACGACCGAGGACGUGAAGGAGCCCAGAUCGAGCCUUGGGAAGAUGCUGACUACUUGCUUUACAGAGUUACUGACAGAUUUGGUUUCUUGCACCAGGAGGAGUUACCAGUCCACGAUGCAGCAUCUGAGAAGCAAAAGCAGCUUGAGAUUGAAAGAACUACAAAAUGGUUGAAGAUGUUAAAAAACUGGGAGAAAUACAAAAACACAGAUAAGUUUCAUAGAAGAAUCUAUAAAGGAAUUCCAUUGCAGCUGAGAGGUGAAAUCUGGUCCCUGUUACUCGACGUCCCAAAAAUGAAAGAAGAAAUGAGAGGUUAUUAUAAUACUUUAAAAACUCGAGCAAGAGGAAUCUCUCCAGAUAUCCGGCAAAUUGAUCUUGAUGUUAAUCGGACCUAUCGGGAUCACAUCAUGUUCAGAGAUAGAUAUGGAGUAAAGCAACAAUCUUUGUUCCAUGUCUUAGCUGCAUAUUCUGUUUAUAAUACGGAGGUUGGAUAUUGUCAAGGGAUGAGCCACAUAACUGCAUUGCUCCUAAUGUACAUGAAUGAAGAAGAUGCUUUCUGGGCUUUGGUGAAACUACUGUCGGGGCCCAAGCAUGCUAUGCAUGGGUUUUUUAUUCCUGGUUUUCCUAAGCUGUUGAGGUUUCAAGAGCAUCAUGACAAAAUAAUGAAGAAAUUUUUGUCCAAGCUUAAGCAACAUUUUGAUUCCCAGGAGGUCAACACCAGCUUUUACACAAUGAAGUGGUUUUUCCAGUGUUUCCUUGACCGUACUCCCUUUAGGUUAACCCUCAGGAUCUGGGAUAUCUACGUACUUGAAGGAGAGCGAGUUCUUACUGCAAUGGCCUACACCAUUCUGAAAUUGCACAGAAAACACCUGAUGAAAUUGCAGAUGGAAGAACUGGUCCAGUUUCUUCAGGAGGCUCUUUCCAAAGAUUUCUUCUUUGAUGAUGAUUUUGUAAUAGAACAGCUCCAGAGCUCCAUGGCAGAACUGAAACGAGCAAAGAUGGACGUCCCUGUAGCAGGUAAAGAGGACGAAUUUCCAAAGAAGUUGGGGAAAAUUCCAGCUGACAGUCAACCAGCCAUGCUGAAUCUCACCCAUCUCGUCAAUGGACAAAAAAACAACAGUGUACCGAAGGAGGCCCGGACAAGCCAGAGGAGUGGAGAAGGAUGUCGAGAAAGCUCACCAAAGAGAUACGGAGAAGGAGGCCAAGAAAGCUCACCCACAGCAUGGACAAAGGGAGACCGGGAAGGCUCACCCACACCACGAGCAGAGAGAGGCCGAGAAAGCUCGCCAAACCGCCAAAGACGAAAAAAUUCCCUGGAAAAGAGGCCUACUUUGAGACAUCAGCAAAAGCCAGUAACACUAAACACACAAAGUGCGUUGCCAAAACAUGAUGGGGAGAACCCCAGAAGGAAGCCCGAAGCACAGGCAGAGGCUGACCCCAAGCAGAAACACAAUGCGACUGCGAACCAAAACUCCAACGCAGUAUUAACUACAGGGAAAGAGUUUGUACCCAGGUGGAUUAAACCUUCCGAUGUUAAGAUAAUUGAAAAAACAACAAAAAUCACCAUGGAAUUUAAGGCUAGGUCCCCAAAGCAGGGCUGGACAGGAACAGGCCCUGCCCCGGAGGACGAAGCUCAGCUCUUCAACCUCAAGCAAAAAGUGAGGGUUUGGGAUGUGGAUGAAAGGAAGCGUGGGUCGAAUGCCUCGCAGUACGACAACGUUCCCGAAGCUGAUCUGGAGAACGGAAACUUGAUGGAGCACGUCCCGGAAAGAGUGGUUGUGCCAAGUCCAAGGAGCACAGCUUUCUCCAGCGGUUCCCGAAAAGAGAUCGAGAAAGGAUCUAGUCCACCCAAAAUAUCCAACAGUUAUGCCUUCAGCUCUCAACCCAGGGUCCCCAGAUACUCCUCCCAAUCUGACGGAUCAGUGGUUGGACCUCAUAUGAGACAGCCACCCCCAUCCUACAAUAAUCCACCUGUUUACCAAGGGUAUUCUCCAAAGCAUGUGACCAAAGUAGGCAACUCCGCAGCCACACAGUAUAAUCACGGGACUCGGACCAGCUCCGCCACUCAGUUGUAUAUUCCUGAUUUCCCACCAGAGAUGGAAACUCAUCAGGUGCUCUCUGAGAAGCCGCCUAGAAAUUACUCUGCCCUUCACCAGAAUCUCGUUGUGACGCCUUCCAGUCGGCUAGAGGUUCUCCCAGAUGAGGUCUUCCCAAGCAGUCCCAGAGGCCUCCGUCCUGCGAUUCCUCCAGUAGAUUAUCUGCCGGAUCAUAACAAAUGGCCGGAUCCUCCUUUCGUGUACCGGCCAGGAGCCUACGGACAAUCCUGGGGUGGAGACGGUGGCCGAAGUCACUUUGGUGACUUGAAGAGACAUCCAGUGUUUCAGGCUAAGCCUCUGGAAGACCCCAAUCUUCCCACCCUUUCCAUGGACAGGCCUCUGAGAUACAGGACAGCCUCGGGGGAACUUGGGCCGCCCUUCUACCAGUAUCUGAAUUCCCCUGGCCCCGACCACCAUUACAGGCACCAAGCAGAUGGCUUGUCUAGGAACGAAUCAGUGCUGCUUUGAAAAAGGAAAGGCAAAUAAUAAAUAAAUUCACUUCCACUCCCCCUCAAAGGCCAGGAAAAGAACAGGCUUUGGGUGGAGAGUGAUCUAAGAUUAGUAUUCUUCGCACAGGACCGUUCAAACUGUGAUGCAGAAAAGGAUGACACUACUUUCAACCACGUGUUCUAAGUUUGGCGAAAGGCGACCCUGAGAAAGGAGCAGAGCAAAACGGAUCUCAUAAAUGUAGCAGUAUCUUCCCUGUGGCAGUUGUUUGGCUCAGUCGCUUCUUUAGGGAAACGACCCAAUGGCCUAAAAUUUGCAAAGCCCCACUCAGCCAG